AUGUCAGAGAAGCACGGCGAGAUUUCAAACGCUGCUCAACUUCCCUCCGGAGAGGAAAGCCAGGAGCAGACGAAAGAGCCAAGUCGCGAGCCUUCUCAUCAGCGAAAGGUCAUCGAUCAGAGAGAGACUGAUGACACGGCCUAUUUCUACAACAAAUAUAGAGAUCAGGUCAGACCAUUGACACCUGAGCUAGAAGGCAAGCUAGUUCGUAAGAACUUCUGGUGUCUUCUCAUUCAGACGUGGUGGAUUUCGUUCCUCAUCCACUUGGACAAGUCGACCCUUUCAUCUGCUAGCACGAUGGGAAUCUUUGAUGACGUUCAGAUGACUAAGAAUGAAUACAAUCAACUAUUCAUGCUAUUCUACGCUGGCUACCUCGUUGCUCUCUGGCCCGGCGCUUGGAUAUCGCAGCGAGUAGGCCACAAGUAUUUUAUCACAGGCUCUCUAUUUCUCUGGGCGUUGCUACUCGGUGUUCAUCCCGCUGUUAAGACUGGCAAGCAAAUGAUGGCAGUCCGUUUUCUCCUGGGAAUGACAGAAUCACAAAUUGUCCCAUCCACUGCCGUUCUCCACCAAGCAUUCUUUCCACCCAAGAAGAGUCCCUGGGUUCAGUUACUGUGGUGGGCAUUUGGCAGCAUGGCCAACGUUCUCUUGACCAUGAUAUCCUACAAGCUCAUCGUUGAUGACAAUAAUGGUUCUCUAGCCGGCGGCAUUUCUUCGUGGAAAUGGCUUCACAUUGUCUGUACUGUCCUUACAUUUGUCAUUUUUGUGCCACUUUUGAUUUUCCUUCCGAAUUCCCCACUAGAUGCCAAGUGGCUUUCAAUUGAGGAAAAGAUCCAUACCAUAGAGAUCAUUCGUGACACGCACGCUGGCGUUUCAAAUUCGACUUUCAAAUGGUCUCAGUUCCGAGAAUCUUUCACCGAUUUGAAGAGUUGGCUUUUCAUCUUUCACAUGUUCAUCAACGAGCUUCCAAACAAUACUUCGCAGCAACUACCCCUCAUCAUCGUCGGUUUCGGCUUCACCCCAGCAGAAAGUGCCUUAUUCAAUAUUAUCAAGCCACUUUGGGGUUUCAUUCUUGUAAUUGCAUCUGCGGCGUUGUUAUAUGGAACUCGUUUGGGGACUGGCUACACGUGUGCAAUCUCCUAUAUUCCAUGUUUUAUCGGUGGCAUAAUUGAGCUGGCGGCGCCCUGGUCAAACAAAGUUGCUCUGGUAGUGGGCACUCAGAUCUCGACAUUUAAGCCAUCGUAUUUACUGGGUCUAAACUGGGCAGGAACUACAACCACAGGUCACACCAAGAAGCUCACCUUGAUGACCUCAUGCAUUGUCGCUGCCUCUGUCGCGAACAUGAUUUCUCCUGAAUUUUGGGAAUCCAAAUACCAGCCUCGAUAUGUCUUACCGUGGGCUUUCAUGACCGCAUUUUGGCUUCUAUCUCCCAUAAUGUGUCUCAUCAUUCGCUUUUAUCUCCAACGCGAGAACCGCUGUCGACAGCAGCUUCUGGUAAACAAUGACUCUGACUCUGACAAAGAAGAAGUAAUCGAGGUUGGCAGUGAAGUUGUCAAAAUCACUGAUCAUGAUUGCGACGGUACCGAUAGACAGAACCUGAAGUUCAUUUAUCCACUUUAG